CGCUGGAGCGGCCCCGAGAAGCUGCUUGCUCUGGAUGAGCUCAUUGAUCGCUGCGAGCCCUCCCAAAUCAAGUACAUGAUGCAGGUCAUUGAACCCCAGUUCCAGAGGGAUUUCAUCUCCCUGCUGCCCAAGGAGCUGGCACUCUACGUCCUGUCGUUCCUGGAGCCUCGGGACCUGCUCCGAGCUGCCCAGACUUGUCGCUACUGGAGGGUCCUUGCUGAAGAUAACCUGCUGUGGAGAGAGAAAUGCCGUGAAGAAGGCAUCGAGGAGCCCCUGAACCUGCGGAAGCGGCGCCUGCUGAGCCCUGGGUUCAUGUACAGCCCCUGGAAAUUUGCCUUCAUGCGUCAGCACAAAAUCGACAUGAACUGGCGCAGCGGGGAGCUCAAAGCCCCCAAGGUGCUGAAGGGACACGACGACCACGUCAUCACCUGCCUGCAGUUCUGUGGCAACCGGAUAGUCAGUGGCUCGGAUGACAACACGCUGAAGGUGUGGUCAGCAGUCACCGGGGAGUGUGUGCAGACACUGGUUGGCCACACAGGGGGUGUGUGGUCGUCCCAGAUGAGGGACAGCAUCGUCAUCAGCGGCUCCACGGACCGGACGCUCAAAGUGUGGAACGCAGACACGGGCGAGUGCGUGCACACGCUGUACGGGCACACGUCCACCGUGCGCUGCAUGCACCUGCACGGGAACAGGGUCGUGAGCGGCUCCCGGGACGCCACCCUGCGCCUCUGGGACAUCGAGACGGGGCAGUGUCUGCACGUGCUGAUGGGGCACGUGGCCGCCGUGCGCUGCGUGCAGUACGACGGGCACAAGGUGGUGAGCGGCGCCUACGACUACACAGUGAAAGUGUGGGACCCCGAGAGCGAGAGCUGCACUCACACGCUGCAGGGACACACCAACCGCGUCUACUCCUUGCAG